GUGCACGAUGGUGGUGAUGAUUGAACUUGCUCCAGCCAUGGCGAUGUGGUUUCCUGUCUCCAUUAUAAUAGUCAAAGGCGACGUCGCCUGACCACUGAUAGAUACAGUACAGUGGCUCCAUCCAUCAUGCCGUUCUUUCCGUUUAGCAAUAGCAAGACGAGCAGAGAUUCUCCCGCUGCCGUGUCUCCCGAUGAUGUGUCUCGUCGUCCUGCAAGUAGUCCAAGAAGUCGUUUGGGAUCGAUCGAAGCGAUUGAUUUGGAAAUCACGGUGAUUCAAGGACAAGGCUUGACGCCGAAAGACCGUCGCUUCUUUGGACUGGGGCGGCUCUCGUCGUCGGACCCCUAUGUCAAAGUCGUGCUGGUCCAGUACCAAGACAACAACAACAGCCCACGGCAGUCUCUACUGGAUGCUGCCAAAAGGCCCUCCAUGUGGAAUAAACAGUGGUCCAGUAAACGAACCAUGAAUUCUGAAACAAGUCCUUCCUUGUCGUCUGGUGCCGACACCAACAAGUCUACUACCACUGCUACUGCUACUACUACUCAGCAUCGCCACAAGAUCAAAUUGGGCCGCACCCGCACUAUUUACAAGACGUUGAAUCCGUGUUGGAAUGAAACCAUUUACGGCUCUAUUCGAGGUCAACAAGCGCUACAAAAUCACACCGCCGCUCAUCCGGCUCAGCUGGAAUUCCAUAUAAUGGACGAAGAUCAAUUGUCGACCAAUGAUGCCAUGGGCAUGAUUCCCAUUGCCAUUCCAGUCGCCAAACAGAAUAUGGACGUGACCAAGUGGUAUGAUGUUCCUCCCCAUUCUGCUGAAAAGGCACAAGGACGACUGCUCAUUCGAAUUCAAACCACGUUGAAAUGGUCUCAUGUACUAGUACGGGGAAAUAGCUUUGCAUUGUCGCAUCAACCACAACAAGCAACUUUACAACAGCAAUCACCAUCGGCCAAAGGAGUACCACAACCCGCGGAGUUUCAACACUUUUCGCCACAGCAUCGAGUCAUUCAAUUGGGAUUGUCUUGGGAUGUCUUGAUACGACCACAGCAACCACCUGCAUCACCAACCAAAGACGAACUAUCCUCCACGCAAUCCCAAGAAAGUGGAGACAGUUUUGUCCGGGGAUUCAACGGUGGUCUACCACAAGCACCACAACAAGGCAAACAACAAGGCAAACAACAACAACGAGCCGUCGAUUUGGAUGUGUCUUGUGUCGCCGUCUCGCACGACGGGCAAGUCAUCAUGCCGGAUACCGUCUACUAUGGCAAUUUGACCAAUUCCAAUGGCUCUGUUUGGCACAGUGGAGAUGAUCGUACGGGAGAAAGUAGCGGGGACGAUGAAACCAUUACCUUUCUACUCGACCGCGUACCCAAUCAUGUCAUGGCCAUGUACGUCAUUGUCACGGUCGCCACACCCUCCAUGACAUUGGCGGAUGUUCAUUCGACCCGGGUCACCGUACGGGAUGUCACACCGGAUUCAUCUCAUACUACUACUAGUAGUCAACACCAACAAUCACAAUCACAACAACACACGCUCUGUUUCUUUUCCCCGGCCAAUCAUUCGUCCAGUCGGGAUGCCACGGCCAUGUUCAUGGUACGGAUUGCCCGCGAUCCAUCGGCCGCGCCAUCACUACCAUUGCAAGCGGGAAAACCAAAACCCGUUUCCAAACGGUGGAUUUUGACACCGAUUGAAGAUACGCACCCGACCGCCCGUGACUUUGGGUCGCUCAUUCCCCAAAUCAAAGCGUAUACCCGUGAUUUAGUUGCCGGCGGUGCCAUCCGGAUUGAUCCUACCGAACGAGUCGCUAUUUUGCGCAAGGGAGGCAACAUUCGCGUCCAAGACUUUUGUACCGACAAUGCACUGCCGUCGUCGCGGAUUACAUUUGGUUUGUCGUGGGAUGUAGGGGAAGAUGAUAUCGAUUUGGAUGCGUCGGCCAUUUUGCUCGAUACGCACUUGAAUCUGAUUGAUAUGGUAUGGUGGAAACAGUUGCAUUCCAAAGACUACAAUAUCAUUCAUCAUGGAGACGAACGAUUUGGGGUUCGACAAGGAGACGACGAGUUGAUUGACUUGUACCUGCGCAAUAUGACUCUCAUGGGAGAACAUUGUCACGUGCAGUACAUUGGAUUCGUCAUCAACUCCUACAGCGGUCAAAACUUGAAGGAUGUGACACGGGCAUCCUGCCACUUGUUUGAUCCCGAUACCAAUGUCGAAAUGGCCACGUACGCAUUGACCAAUGCCAAGGCACUCGACGGUGUCACCUCCUUGUUGGUCGGAUGUCUCUAUCGGGCACAGCAUCAUUCGCACACGAUUUCACCUACCGCAGUAGCAUCACCGGUGCACGAACCUGGACAUUCGGCCGCCGGCGACGGGGAAUGGUGUUUUGCCAUUAUUUCCGAACCCAGUGAUGGACGGACGGUCAAAGCCAAUGUGGACGGGUUCCGCAACUACUUGAAAGACAAUCCGCUGCAACCGGCACCAACAGUGAUGGCCAACCAUGGGGGACCAGAGAGUGUGCUCUAUUCGGAAAUGCCUCCCUUUGUACCAUUAGCAAACGAAGGCUCGUUGUCGCCAGUGGCGGGGUCGUAUGGCUAGUUAGACACCAAUGACAGCAUUGGUUGUUUCCAGUGUGUGAAUGAUUCAAGCGCAAGAUGUCGGACCAAGCAAAGUCCGUUGGAAGCUUUCAAACCCCACGGAUGUUGACUUCUGACGCUACUGAGUACUUAGCUACAUGUACCUGCCCUUGUAUUUUGCUUGCUCUCCGAGAUUAGGCGGCUCCGAAGGGCGUGAUUGGUGUCGAAAUCGGGGGAACGGGUUCGGCUAUUAUUAGAUGUAGCAGAAGCAAGGAGCACACUCUGCGCAGUUCGUGAUCAGUGAGCAGUUUACGCGGAGGGAUAAAGACGACAGCGCACAAACUUCCUCUGGGAUGAAUCCUCCAACGGCGGUUCGAUCCAACAAUAGUGACUUUAGAAGCGUUACCAUUCCCAACUCCGAAGGAACUGCGCCUCCCAGGUGCAGGUUGCCAAAAAGGUUCAGCGUCUCGAGCCUCGAAAGUAAACCCAACUCUGACGGGAUCUCGUUGGUCAAGGCAUUGGUUUGUAGUUCCAAGCUUGUCAGGCCGCGCAUCAUUGCCAGAGUGGUGGGAAUCGACGAGAAGACUCCAGUGUCGUGAAUUGAAAGGGUCUUCAAUGGGACGUACAAGAGCUGCUGAAGAGGAAUUGCACUCUCCAGCUCAAUCGAUAAGUCACCCAUGAAGGAGAUACUCACGGCCUCCAACGAAGACAACAUUCCCAGUUCCUUGGGUAAGACAGAAACGUUGAUGCCCUGUAUAGAAUGGGCCGACAGCUCUGUAAUGCGCCCAUCCAGAUCACAGUGAAUCGUGUGGGUGCUGCCAAGGGCACCGUCGGCCUCGCAUUCAUUCACAACAGUGUAGUUAUCCCAAGCCUCGUAUCCAGAAUGAAACCAUUCUUCUCGAGGAAAAGAGUAGAGAAAUGUAGCCAAUCCAAACAGCUGAGCUUUCUUCCAAUCAGUCAUCGAGAUCAGCUCUGGGUGGUCCUCGAGCCACCGGUAUGCCAGCGACUGCGGGGAGUUGUCGAAAUUCAAAGCUGCUAUUGUGUACUCGGGCAAACUCAGUACAAACUCGUCUGGUUCACUCGUUGGAUAUUGCGUCAUGCCAAACUCCAUAUACGGAAGUAACGUCGGGGCCACGGUUGCAAGGAGAGGAGUCGAAGGAAGAGUCUCAAUGGAAUCUCCAUCGUCAUGUUCAACAUCCACUUCACCGGAGGGCACGUUCACUGGCUGUGACGGUGGUGCACUUGGUACACUGGUUGGCACGAUCGAAGGCUGGGUGGUGGGAAGGUCACACGUUCGACAGAGAUCUCGAUACGAGCACUCCGGUGGACAUAUGUCACAGUCAGCCUGAAGAAAGCGGAGAGACGGCAUUGUGCAUAUUGUCGGUGGUAGCUGCUCCGCGAUUGGAUUGUCUUUGAUUGAAAGAUUUACAAGCGACGUCAAGUUUGCCAGGAACUUGGGUACUGGUUGUCGAAAGGCAUUGCUUUCCAAAGAUAACGUUUCCAAGUUCGUCAACAGUGCGAUUUCUGUCGGUAGUGCACCCUGUAGUUGAUUGUGGCUCAAAUUUAGGAGAGUCAGAUGGCGGAGAGACCCGACAUGCGGAGGGAUUUCUCCGGUGAGACUGUUGUUGUUGAAGACCAGACUGGUAAGGUUGGACAAGUUCGAUAAUUCCGAUGGCAUCACCUGCUCGAGACGCCCGUGUAGUUGCAUGUUUUCAAUUUCCAACGUCUCUAACGACCUAAGAAGACUGAUUUGUGUGGGUGUACGGCCGCCCGGGAAGUCCCCGGGCGCGUACCGGUUACCCUGUUACCACCAGCACAGGUCACGCCGGUCCAACUGCAUUCAUUGAGAUCCAAAUUCAUCCAGAUCCGCUUUCUCUCGGGAUCCCAAAAUUGACCUCUGUACGCAUAAAAGAACGUCGCAAGAGCAAACAACUGACACUGCUGCCAUUGCUCCGUCGCCGCCAGGUUUAGAUCUCGGAGAAUCCAUUGCCCUGCCCUGAACUGUGGAGAGAAAUCAAGGUCUUCUUCCACGGUGUCCAAACAACUGGCGAGAGCCGAAGAUGAAGGCGCUGUACCGGUAGAGGGAGGUGGCCUUUCUGUUGCUCUUGGUGGUGAACUGGCGUCCGAAUGAUUCCCACGGAUACUUGCUGCAAGGACAAUCAUAAUGACAAGGACUGCAGCCAAAAGGGCAAGUAGCAGUAAGUUGAUUGCGGAUCUCCAUGACUUGGUGUGGGAUUCCUUUGGCUGCUCUCCAUACUGCCGGUAUUGUAGAACGAGCCUAUCAACUGUUUCGACAGUAUGUCUUUCCCACAGCAUUUGGAGUAUCUUUGCCUUGUCCCGGGGGUCUGAAGCCGUGGCAUCGACACAACUCGUGCGCGACUUGGAGAACACAUCCGGGCCAAUCACCAUGGUACCGGUAACAUUCUUGCCUGGGUUCUCAAUAUCGGAAUAUCCCUCGCCUUUACAGUCCACCUCCUGGUCUUGCCUACCUGUACCAGUCAUGGGAUUGAACCCACAUUCAAUAGCAAAGCACAAUUCGCAGACGCACCAAAUCCGGCUGUAGAGGUCCCUCUGUGAGUUUCGGACAACCACAAACCACUUGGCCUCCCUCAGAGCCCUGACAAACGGGACUUCUUCCAAUGGCAGUUCCAGCUGUUCCGCCACGAUCUCCCUGGACCCCUGCACCAACGCAAAGGCACAAAUCCAAAGGUUGGGUUUGUCGGGGAAAUGAUGAAAUGCAGCCCGGAUAGAAGAUACAAAAUCAUGAAAGGGUUCGUCCCAGCAGUGCGUGAUGAAGGCGUCAAUUCGGUGCCCCUUGGGGUUUGCCGCCAGAGCAUAGCAAGUGUUGGUUUCUUGGCAUUUUGGACUGAUAAUGUCCUUAUUGAUAUCUCGCAUGGUCUUGGUUCUGUACCGGAUCCUUCCAUAGAGCUUUCGGGCCUGAUCAUCGACACGUUCGAGUUCUUGAAACGUAAUGGCCCAUUUGGCUGGGUGAGUGAUAUCCAAGUGUUCGAUAGUGGGUAGAACCAUUUGCAGUUCGCUGAGGUUGUCCUGGCCAAUCGAUGGCACGUUGAUCGAUGUGGGCACUUUCAACGAGCUCUCUUGUGUGCUAUUUUCGUCUUUCAAUGCGAGAGCUUUGGCUAGAUCCUUUGGGCUGAUGGGGGCGCUGGCAGCUCUCAUAUGCCGCCUAUUGCCAUCGGCAUGGCUGCGGUGUGUCAAUCUUGUCAUCAAUGGUAGAUAUCAAUGUCGUUUCCACAAGAUACCGGUAGCGCAAACUAUGGUCGGUGCUAUGGACUGAAGUUCCACAAAUCGACGUCGCCCCAUCGAUGUUGCAUACUAUCCCGAGCCGCUUCCAAAAGUGCACGACUUCGCUUCCAGUCUUCCAGAACGCUUCGCUUCCAAAAGUGGCAAAAUUUUAAUUUAGUAAAAGCUAGAAAGAUGGCCACAAAGAGAUAGGACC